AUGACGGCGCGGGCGGAAGUGCGCGGCGCGGCCAUGGCGGGAGGGAUGAAACCAGCCCCGGGGCGGCGGCGGCUUCUGGGGACCCUGGUGCUGGUGCUGCUGGUGGGGGGCGCGGGCGCCGGCGCAGAAGGUGCCAAGCAGACGGUGAUCCGACUUGAAGAAGGGCAGGUGCGCAAUGCGACGGCCCCGCGGCAGUUCUGCUACACCAACGCGGAGACCCCGAAAUGGCACGACAUCUGGACCCGGAUGCAGAUCCGAGUCGUCAGCAACAAGAUGAUCCGUGUCACCCAGGUGGAAAACGAGGAGAAGCUGAGAGAGCUGGAGGAAUUCAACAUGUGGAACUUCGUCUUCUCCUUCUUCAAAGAGAAGCUGAACGACACCUACAUCCCCGUGGAUCUCUACAGCGAGAAAACCUGCCUGAAAGUAGAGUUGCCGGAGUCAGAGACCAACUACAGCGUCGUCCUCCUCCGGUGGUUUGACCCCAAGCUCUGCCUGGUUUCCUUCCUGGGCCUGCUCCUGUUUUUCUCCGGGGAUUUACUGAGCAGGAGUCAGCUCUUCCACUACUCAGCUGGGAUAAGCAUCGGGAUGCUGGCCUCGCUGCUGAUCCUCAUCUACGUGAUGGCCAAGGUGAUGCCCAAGAAAAGUCCCAUCUACUUCAUCCUAGUGGGAGGCUGGUCCUUCUCCCUCUACCUCAUCCAGCUGGUCUUCAGAAACUUACAAGAGAUCUGCAAGUCCUACUGGCAAUAUCUCCUGGGCUACAUGCUGCUGGUGGGCUUCGCCAGCUUCGCCGUGUGCUACCGGUACGGCCCGCUGGAGAACGAACGCAACAUCAACCUGCUGACGUGGAGCCUGCAGCUUCUGGGCCUGCUGCUCAUGUACUUGGGCAUCCAAAUCCGGCCCAUCGCCCUGGCGCUGAUCGCCAUUGCCGUCUGCACCAAGAACCUGGAGUACCCCGUCCAGUGGCUCUGCGCCACCUACAGGAAGGUGCAGAAAGCCACAGCGAAGCCAAGCCCCCCUCGCCUGCUGACCGAGGAGGAGUACCGGCUCCAGGGGGAGGUGGAGACGCGCAGGGCCCUGGAAGAGCUGCGCGGCUACUGUAGCAGCCCAGAGUUCUCCGCCUGGACUGUGGUUUCCCGCAUCCAGUCUCCGAAGAGGUUUGCCGACUUUGUGGGCGGCGCCUCCCACCUCACCCCGAACGAGGUCUCCGUCCACGAGCAGGAGUACAGCCUGGGGGGCUUGUUUGUGGAGGACCAGCUCUUUGAGGAAGACGAAGACGACUCCUUUGAAGGGGAGGGUCGCGCAGACUUCUCCGUGUCCCGGAACCACCUGGGCUUCGAGUGA